UGCACGAUGUACCGAUACUUCAAAAGCACCGCGAUUCUUGGAAAUUAAAAAUGUCACGAUUCCUAAAUUUAUUAGUAUCGAUACUUCUAGAAUGUCCGUGUUCCAUAUUUGUAAGAGACAUAUUUCAUGUUGGUGUGUGCAACGCACGCUCGAGUGCCUCCCUAUGGACGUCCGUGUUUUUUCUCCUCACGCACGCAGCAAGAGGCUGCACUGCUGCUGUCAUUUAACAAACACUACAGAGAGAUGGCUGCAUGUGCGAGUGAUACUGUGGCCGCCGGUCCACGGCUGGUUGAUAAAGAUGACGCGAGGAGUGAGAUAUGGAGGUACUUUGCCUACCUUGCUGACAGUGAGGGCAAAGCUACCGAUAUGUCGAGACCUGUUUGUCGUAAGUGCUACAAACAAUUGCAAACUAAGGGAGCCAACACCUCGAACCUGGCGAAACACUUGGCCGACAAGCACGCCGAGUUGCACAAGGAGUUUAAAGACCGACAGCGGUCUGCAGCUAUGGGCUCUGGAAGAGCAACUCCUCAAAGGCAGCAGCCAACCCAGCAGCCAACCCUCCAAGCUAUGUUUGAGCAGCACAACAAGUACCCCAGGGAGUCCAAGGAGGUAAAACGGCUUAACAGGGCAGUAGCAGAAUUCAUCUGUCUGGAUCAAGUGCCAGUUUAUAUAGUGGAAAAAGCUGGGUUUAGAAACCUUAUGCAAAAUCUCGACAAAAGGUAUGACGUCCCAUCCAGGAAUUUUUUCAUGUACAAUGAAAUUCCCAAGAUGUACAAUGAAACAAGAGCGAUAAUCAGUGCCCAACUUAGUCACACACCGAAUACAUUUUUCUCCUGCACCACUGAUCUCUGGACCAGCAGAACUGUGGACACUUACAUGGCAGUAACACUCCAGUUCAUUACACAGUCCUGGGAGAUGCAGUCCUGGUGUUUAGGGUGCUCUGCAUUGUAUUCUGAUCACACAGCCGACACUCUAAAGGAAACCCUGGAGGAAAUUAUCACAGAUUCCUGGGGGCUAGACAUGGCCAAUAUGGCUGGAAUGACAACAGAUAAUGCGUCAAACAACCGCAAAGCUUUCAGUGAAUACACCUGGAUACCCUGUUUCGGGCACAAUCUGCAUUUGGCAGUGAACAAAGCCAUAGAUAUUGAUCGUGUGGCAAGCUGUCUGUCCAGGCUCCGUAAGACUGUGUCAGGCUUCUCCAGAUCAAACAAGAUGUCUAGACUGUUCAAAGACAAACAAAAGUCUUUAAAACUGCCACAACAUACAUUAAUCCAUGAUGACCACCCAUAG